AUGAAUAAAGUAGAAUCACUAUCACCUAAACCAUUUCUAUAUGAAUUAAAAGGAAAGAAGGUUGCUGUUCGUCUAAAGUGGGGUGGUAUGGAAUAUCGUGGAAUUCUUGCAUCUGUCGACAACUAUAUGAAUUUACAAUUGGCCGCUACUGAAGAAUGGAUUGAUGGUGCUAUUAUAGAUACUUUGGGUGAAGUUUUAAUUAGAUGUAAUAAUGUUUUAUAUGUUAGAGGUGUGGAACAGGAUGCAAUGGAACAAUAA